CCACCCCUUCAACCCUUGUAGGGGAGGGGGGCGUGUGCGUGCCUAGAGAACCUCUCUCCCAAGUCCUAGCCUCCUCUCUCUGUGCUGGCGUCCAGCCUAUAUACAAUCCUCAUGGGGAUCCAAGAAGAGAAGUUAGUAGAAAAAAUCUCAGAGAUCCAUGACAGCAUCUCCAAGCUCCCAAGCCUCACCCCUUCCAAGGAAGUGAACACCCUCUUCACCGAGUUAGUUCUCACCUGCAUCCCUCCAAGCCCCAUAGAUGUGUCCAAGCUUAGCAAAGGAGUCCAGGAGAUGAGAUCCAAGCUCAUCCAACUGUGUGGCGAGGCCGAAGGCCUCUUGGAAAGCCACUACUCUGACAUUCUAGCGAACACCUACGACAACCCAAUGGAUCACCUGGACCUCUUCCCAUACUAUUCCAACUAUCUACAACUAAGCCUACUGGAGUACACCUUGUUGGCCCGGCACGCCACGAGCCCACCAGCCUGGGUGGCCUUCGUGGGUUCGGGGCCUCUGCCUUUGAGCUCGCUGGUGCUGGCCGCGCGGCACAUGAGGGCCGCCCGGUUCCACAACUACGACGUGGACCCGAGCGCGACCGCGCGGGCGCGGCGCCUGGUGCUCGCGGACCCGGACCUGGGGGCGCGCCUGGCCUUCCGCACCGCGGAUCUCUUCGGACUCACCCGCGAGCUCGCCUGCCACGACGUGGUCUUCCUGGCCGCGCUCGUCGGCGUGGCGCGCGAGGAGAAACUCCGAGCCGUCGAACACUUGGCGCGGCACAUGGCGCCCGGCGCGUACCUGGUCCUCCGUAGCGCCCACGGGGCCCGGGCCUUUCUCUACCCCGUGGUCGAGCCCGGAGAUCUCAAGGGGUUCGAGGUCUUGUCGGUUUACCACCCAAGUGAUGAGGUCAUAAACUCGGUGAUUAUAGCAAGGAAGGUGCCACAUGGUGGGAUGGGGACGGGGGGGACAAUGAUGAGGACCUGCAAGUGCUGUGAGAUGAUGCAAGGGAUGAAUCACUUGGCGCAUGGGGCCAUGAUCGAGGAGAUGGCACUGGAGGAGCUGCCCUCCUGAGAGUGGGAGAGACAAAAGAUUGUCUUGUUGAAUUGGUGGCUGGCAAGAUGUUGUGUCGUUUUUAUGUGCUCAUUAUGGUCUAUGGUUUACCAUAAUUUGUGUUUUGGCUUUACAAGUGUUUAGUAGUAGGUGGUAUCCAUGCCGGCAUUAUUGUUUCUCGAUUUGAUGGAUAAAAUUUUCUUCGUGCUAAUCGUGAAUUUUAUCUGCCUCCAA